GCUUUGGUCUUAUGUAUUGGGCUUUCUCUUUUAAUCAACUGCCUGCAUUACAGCCUGUGUUCUACUUCCUUCCUGUGUGUGUGUUCAUUCUUAUUGUUCUUAAUGCAGUCUUUGAGUGCAUCAAGUGCUUGGUCUUUGCAUGUUUGUGCUGGCAAAUGAACUUAAUUAAGCCAUGUAAUGAAAAACUUGGUACAUUGAACACAUUAAAAGCCUUCCUUUACACUAGUACAAACAAUUUGUUUCUUUAAAGCCCCUCCCUACCACCACAAACUGAGAUGCCACAAAGUACGCUGAAAGUAAAUUCUCACAAAAGUAGGGUGUAACUAGAGUAUAAAGAAUCUGGUUUGUGUUUUACAGCAGAUAUUAAAGGAGACCAGAAUUUUUGCACAAGCAAUGUUUGAAGCCUACAUAUACAUGUAUUAUUUUACUACUUUGUCUUUGCUGCCAUCAGGCUUUACCAUGCUCCGAGCCUUUAGUCACACAAAUGGUAGGUGUGCGUUCCGUCAGGCUAAGCGGUGGCAUCAUCGUAAGUCUGUGCUGGCAAUCAGGAGAGAAGAUGUCAACUCAUGGGAAAGAAGAGCACCUCUAGCACCAAGGCAUGUGAAGGAAUUGACACAAAUGGGAUACAAGGUCUUGGUGCAGCCAUCAAACCGGAGGGCCUUCCAUGAAAAGGAUUACAUCAAAGCAGGUGGCAUUAUUCAAGAAGAUAUUUCUGAGGCUUCUCUGAUAAUAGGUGUGAAGAGACCUCCAGAAGACAAAUUGAUCCCUAAAAAGAACUAUGCCUUCUUCUCUCACACUAUUAAAGCCCAAGAGGCAAACAUGCCCCUUUUGGAUGAGAUUCUAAGACAGGAAAUUCGACUGUUUGACUAUGAAAAAAUGGUUGAUCAUAAAGGAAUGCGAGUUGUGGCCUUUGGAAAGUGGGCUGGUGUAGCAGGAAUGAUCAACAUUCUACAUGGAUUGGGAUUACGAUUUUUAGCCCUGGGACAUCACACUCCCUUCAUGCACAUUGGGAUGGCACAUAACUACAGGAAUAGCAGUCAGGCUGUGCAAGCAGUACGAGAUGCUGGGUAUGAAAUUUCACUGGGAUUGAUGCCAAAGUCAGUUGGGCCCUUAACAUUUGUGUUUACAGGCACUGGUAAUGUUUCUAAGGGUGCUCAAGAAAUGUUCAAUGCCCUCCCAUGUGAGUUUGUGGAACCACAUGAGUUAAAGGAAGUUUCUAGAUCUGGAGACCUCAGAAAAGUCUAUGGGACAGUGUUAAGUCGUCACCAUCAUCUUGUAAGGAAACGUGAUGGACUGUAUGAUCCAGUAGACUAUGAUAAACAUCCAGAACUUUACACUUCUCGCUUUAACACUGAUAUUGCACCCUACACAACUUGUUUAAUUAAUGGCAUAUACUGGGAACAACAUACUCCUCGCUUGCUAAGUCGACAGGAUGCUCAGAACCUGCUGGUGCCAGUUAGAUCUCCUGGUGGUGCAACAGAGGGCUGUCCUGUGUUACCACACAAACUUCUGGCAAUCUGUGACAUUUCAGCAGACACAGGAGGAUCUAUAGAAUUUAUGACGGAGUGUACAACAAUUGACAGUCCAUUUUGUAUGUAUGAUGCUGACCAGCAUAUCAUUCAUGACAGUGUUGAAGGCCAGGGGAUUCUGAUGUGUUCCAUUGACAAUCUGCCAGCACAGCUUCCUAUAGAAGCAACAGAGUACUUUGGGGACAUGCUUUUCCCUUAUAUUGAAGAGAUGCUGGUGUCAGAAGGCUCAGAACCUCUUGAAAGCCAGAAUUACUCAUCUGUUGUUCGAGAUGCAGUGAUUGCAUCUAAUGGCUCACUGACAGCUAAGUAUGAGUAUAUCCAGAAACUGAGGGAGAGCAGGGAGCAUGCUCAGUCGCUGAAGAUGGGUAAUAAGAAGAGGGUUUUGUUGCUGGGAUCUGGCUACGUUUCUGGCCCUGUACUUGAAUAUCUCUCUAGAGAUUCCAACAUCGGCAUCACAGUUGCAUCUGUCAUGAAGGAACAACUUGAACAACUGACGAAAAAAUACAGCAACGUUACUUCAGUUCAUAUGGAUGCCAUUAAGCACGAGGAAAAGCUGUCCUCUUUGGUGAAGAAUCACGACCUUGUGAUCAGUUUGCUGCCUUAUUCAGUACAUCCUCUGGUUGCUAAGAAGUGUAUCGACAACAAAGUCAACUUGGUAACAGCCAGCUACUUAACACCAGCUAUGAAAGAACUCCAGGAGAGCGUAGAGGCUGCUGGUAUUACAGUUAUCAGUGAAAUGGGUUUGGAUCCUGGUCUCGACCAUAUGUUGGCAAUGGAAUGUAUUGACAAGGCAAAAGAAGUUGGUGCUACGGUCAUAUCCUACACUUCUUUCUGCGGUGGCCUGCCAGCUCCGGAGCACUCUGACAAUCCUCUGAGAUACAAGUUCAGCUGGAGCCCACAAGGAGUGUUGCUGAACACAGUUCAGUCUGCUACGUAUUUGAAAAACGGAGAGAUCAUCAAUAUUCCAGCUGGAGGAGCAUUACUUGAUGCUGUUACUCCGAUGGAUUUUUUCCCAGGAUUAAAUCUCGAAGGUUUUCCUAACAGAGACAGUACAAAAUAUGCUGAGCCCUAUGGUAUUCAGACAGCUCGCACUUUGUUGAGAGGCACCUUAAGAUACAAAGGAUACUCUAAGACUAUGAGAGGUUUUGUAAAACUAGGUUUAAUUAACCCAGAUCCUCAUCCUUUGCUAAGCUCAACCACGCCACCUCUAACCUGGAAAGAGCUCAUGUGCAAACUGGUUGGAAUUAAGCCACCUGCUGAGUACCAUGUUCUGAAAGAAGCCGUAUUUAACAAACUGGAAAAGGACGAAAGUCAGCUGGAGGCAGUGGAAUGGCUAGGUCUAUUGGGAGAUGAACCAGUUCCAGCAGCAGAUUCCAUUGUGGGGGCUCUUGCAAAGCACAUGGAGAUGAAGCUGCCCUUUGGCACUGGAGAGAGAGAUAUGAUUGUUAUGAGAAAUGAAAUAGGUCUCAGGCAUCCUUCUGGUCAUUUGGAAGACAAAUUUAUUGAUCUGGUUGUCUAUGGCGAUAACAAAGGAUAUUCUGCGAUGGCUAAAACAGUAGGAUACCCCACGGCCAUUGCUGCUAAGAUGGUUCUGGAUGGUGAAAUAGAUGCCAAAGGUAUGGUUAUACCAUUGACAAAGAACGUUUACGGACCAAUACUUGAGCGUGUUCGGGCGGAAGGCAUCGUGUACAGCACCCACAGUGUCAUCAAACAGUAACUGGAAGCAGUGGAUGCAAUCAGGUUUUGGCUUUGUUUGAUGUGUCCCCCCCUUUAAGAAUCUCAAUUUUGGACCAGCAAAAGGCAGCACCUGCCGUUUCACACACAAAUGGUGCCUUCCAUAAAACCAGUCACCUGACUUUCGCAUAGAAACUGUUGAUACCCAGAUGCAUGUAUUGUGGUAUUUUCCUCUUAAAACUGUUACACUUUCAUGUAUGUGUUUCCGCAUCAAUCGGAUGCUUUCCUUAUAUUUUUCCUAAAAUAUCUCAGAAGUAAUUUUUUAAGUAAUAGAGUUUAUCUUCUAAGUGUACAGGGUUAUUAUUAAGAAAAAUUUAAGGUGAAAGAAAAAUUUAUUGGUGGAUUCUUUUGUGGUGGAAAAUCCUGGUUAAUGAGUUCCAUUGAUUAAGGUUGAUUGUUCAUGUGGUAAAAAUAAUAUAUCAGAGAAACAGAGAUGAAAGGGAUACUUACAUUUUAAAUCUUGUAACUUAAAGUCUUUCUAAAAUGAAAGUCUUUCAUUUUAACAGUGUUUGUGAAUGUUUUCACAAUAACAAUAUGCAAGAAAUAGUUUAGAAAUUCUGCACUACUAGCAAAUGAGAUCCUGUUAAAUCUUGAAAAUGUUCAGUUGUUAAAUAUUUGAAAUCUAGAUCUUAAUAUUUUUUUUUAAAUCCCUCUCUUAUGAAUGUAAACUUAAAUUGCUUGGAGGAGGGAGAGAGGUUAAAGCCAGCCUCCCCCAUCCCUUUUCCCGUCUCCGCGUGGAAGCUGGUGGGGAUGUGUGGACAGACCUGCUGUCAGGUGUCACCUUGUGUGAUGAAGGGAGUGCGGGGGCAACAGCUCUGCAGCUGGGAAGGGCACUCUGACACCCAAGGCAGUUGUUGUGCUUGGGAGCUGCUCCACGUGAGGUGUUUGCUCUCUCUUAUGCUGUGCGCCUCGGCCGGCGGAGGUACCGACACAAAGGGAAUAGGCCGCCUCGCACAAGCAGCUGGGAAACGCAGGAGGCUGAGAGGUUUAAAUCACUACUCUUUGAGUUAGCUUCUGUCCUUUUGCUGUCGUGCUUUUAGAGGCUUUCAUGUGGGAGCCUGUCCAUGCCACCCCGUGCAGUGCCAGUCAGGCUGAUGGGAGCUCCCCGGUGUGCCCGAAGGGCUGCCCUGCCCUGCGCUGCCCGGGGGGCUGGCCCGGCUCUGCCGCCAGCUCCUCUGCACCAGCCCAGGGCUGAACUGCAGCCUGAGGACACCUUUUCUCUGACAAACCAGCACUCGCUUCCUUCCAGCUCAGGGCCGCUCCUGUGGCUUUUGCUCAGGGAUUUCUAUGCCACCUUGAGAGGCAGCCAUGGCUUAGACAUCACCAGUCGGGCCUGUGAGGCGCAACGCAGCGGGCAGGCGCCAUUUGCACUGGCAGCCCUGCUCCCCUCAGCGAGCACUGAUGCUGGAAGCUGUCUGCUCUCAGCCUGCCUCACACGCACACUUUGCUGAUAAACGCACAGCCUUGUUCUUCCUGAGAAGCCUAGUGCCAUUUUCACAGUCCCGAGGGGCUGGAAUUCCAGGUAUUGCUCUGCCCGGUAGGAAAAGCAGCCAUAAGAAUAGCUAAAGUUUUGAUCUGCGAGUCUCGCUGCUCCGGAUUUGGGUUUUCUUUGUGCAUAGGUAAUGAAGUAGCCAAUGAAACACAGAGGAGGGUGAAAGGAGCCAAAGGGAGAAGGAAGAAUGAAGGGCAGAGUGUUAUUGUCAAAGAGGAGAGCUUUUUAUACUGAACCACUGAAUGCUUUUGUACUGUCAAAUUUGGAUGCUGUUACAGUUCCACGCAUGCUCCGAGUGUCGGAUGAAAUCCUGGCUCCACUAAGUUGCUCUGCUUCCCGCUGACCUUGGCUGUUGGUCUGUUGUGUGGCUGGUACGUACGUGCUGCUGGGGUAAGGAUGGAGCCUGCAAUGUUUGUUCUGCUCCCUGCUGCCUCCUUCCCUUGGUAGAUUAAAGUCCUACAACUACGGGUUAAAAUUAGACUUGUAUCUGCCGGUGCCUUCCAGUCCAGUGCUUGGUGAGACCAGGAUUUCACUCGAGAAUUCUCUGUUCCCUCCUUUGCCCCACAAAUGCACAACCACGUGGUUGUGUUUCUGUUGUAUGUGCGUGCACCUUGCUUGGUUUUCUGCCCAGGAAAUGCAGUAUGCAAAGAAAAUUAGGAUUUUUAAAAAAUAUAUAAUCUCUUUGGAGCACAAAAAGAAAGCACUACAGGGUGUUUUCUUCAAGAAACACUGCUACUAUUUUUGGAACAUUUUGUAUCGGAAUAUAUUUCUGUUUCCCAGUGCAAUGCUGCUUUUCAUUUUCAAAGUUUAGACUUAAAUGAAUUUAUUGCUCAGCUUUUGUAUGAAGGUUAGACGUCUCAGUUCUCUUUGCAUAUUAUUGGAAAGGUAAUUGUAUCUUACAGACAAGAUUGCUUGAAAAAUAAAUCUGACAACCUGUGUUUCAUUGUCA